AUGACACAGACAGACAGACAAACCAGAUCUCAUAUACACGAUAAUAUGACUCGGAAUGCCGAGGCUGGGUCAACAUUGGGAGGGUUAAUCAAUAAUGGGAACUCAUGUUUUAUGAAUUCCGUGUUACAAGCGCUGGCUUCUUUGCCCUCAUUGUUGAAGUUCUUAGAGCUGAUACUUGAAACUCCUGCAACUCAAGAGGAACCGAAGCAUGUCGAAAUUUCAAAAAAGGCUCAGAAGAAGUCCAAGUAUGGGAGGAGAAAAAAGGGAAGAAAGAAGCAGGUUGAACCACAAGAAGAUGAGCAUUCUUUGACGUUUCUCAAAUUAUUGAACGGAUUAUUAAAGAAAUUAAAUGUAAAAUGUAAUAGUAAGAGUUUUGAUUGUGAUUCAUUACUUAGAGCAUCAGGACCACAAUUUAAAUUGGAUAUGGAAGACCAGCAGGAUGCUCAGGAAUUUUUCCAACACAUAUUGUUGGAAAUUGAUAAAGUUUCACUGCCGCCCAAAUACGAUGAAGCCACUUCGACAUUCACAAACGUUUUGGAAUGUGUCAAUUAUGGGGUAUGUUACUUCCCAGACGUAAGUAAAGAGUUGACCAUCCGUUCUCCAUUUGAUGGGAUAAUGAAAACCACGAUUCGGUGUUUGCAAUGUAAUGAGAUAUCAAAUGCCCACUAUUCUAUCCUAUCGAACAUUACCUUGAACCUUCCGCAUACGAAAAGUGACUGUUUUAAAUUAUCUACGUUGAUACACCGCUGGAUAGAACCGUGUAUUUUAGAAGAUGUCACUUGUAAUAAAUGUACAUUACUAAAUAGGACGAGUAGAACUCCUGAUGUCGAGGAAUUAUUACUUUCCGGUAAAUAUAUCGAAGAUGAAGAUAUGAUUAAAUUGAAGAUAAUUCCAGAGGAGAAGAAAAAGGGUAACAAGUUGAGAAAUAGUUAUAUGGUCCAAUUACCGCAUGUCAUGAGUUUCCACAUAAAUCGAUCAAGAUUUCACAAAAAAACGUUUAAAAUACGGAAGGACAAUCGCCGUGUUUUAUUCAAAUUGCAAUUAACUAUUUCUGAUCUUUAUUCUGUUCAAUCUUUUGAAGGUGAUAAUGAAUAUUAUAAAAUCAAAAAUAACAGACAAUACGAAAACUAUCAUAUGAAACUAGAUCAAGAGUACGCUGACGACGAAGAAUUUCAUUCAGAUAAUGAGGAAAGGGAGGAAAUAAAUGAACCUAAAAGCAGAAAAUAUUUACUAGAAGGCCUUGAGGACCCCGAUAAGAUUAUUUACGACUUAAAGGCCGUUAUUAUUCAUUAUGGUACACAUAAUUACGGUCACUACAUUUCAUACAGGAAAUUUAUGAACCAGUGGUGGAGAAUUUCUGAUGAAUCUGUUAUUGAAGUGGAUGAGAUGGAAGUACUUACAUCCCCUGGUGUUUUUAUGCUAUUCUACGAGAUACAUACGGACAUGUAA